AUGGCAGCGCACGAAGGGCUCGAGUGGGCUGGGGAGCUUUGCCAGGUCUGGCAGCACACGCAGCCUGGAGUUGACCUUCCUCAGACAUUUGUCGAAGUUGGUUACUUUGUUUGUCUGGAGAAGAAACCGCUGUGGCUUGCCCAGCUCUACACCCACCUCCCGGAGCUCGAAGUCCACUUCUGGGAAUAUGACCGGUACCAACAUGCUGACGACCUCUCUGCCUAUCCUCUGACUCACGUAGACAAGAUUGCAGGGGCGGCAGCUCGUUGUAUGAUGGAACUUGACAGCUGCAAGACAUGGAUCACAACAGGUAUGUCAAAGUGCGGUCACAGUGUCUAAGUACUAGUAUGAAUCACUAUGCAGAUUAUGUAUGUAGUUCUAGUAAGAACGUCUCUGUGACUAAGCAUUCAUAUUUGUGGUUGCGUUGCUUGAGCAACGCAACCACAUAACUGAGGCACGCAUGAGUACUAGUCUCGGUUACGACUCCACGAGGGCCUGCUCCUCCCCCUCCUCUUCCUCUGGCUCCUCCUCUUCUGGCAACCCCACCAGCUCUCUGCAGAGCUUUUUCCCCAAUGACGCAGGAUACCCAGGGUUGCUUUCCCACUUGUC